GGGGAGAAAAAAAGAAAAGGGAACAGAAACAUGGCCGUCAGCUGUCGGGGCGGCACUGCAGCCGGCAGCUCCUAGGCGACCCGCCGCCCGCACGGCCGGCCUCCAGACAGCCCAAGCGCCCGCGCGGGCUCGCGCUCCCGGCCGUUAUCGCUGCAUGCGGCGCCCCUCGAGACCGAGCCCGUCAGGCGGCGCAGGCGCAGAUCGGGCCGUGGCGGCGGCGGCCGCGGGAGCGAGUCCCCCCGCCCGGCUGUGCCGAGGGCGCGCAGGCCGCGUAGCCGGCGCUUUCAUGCCCCAGGAAGGGGCUGUGUUUGGGUGGCACUGAAGGUGGAGCAGGCGGCAGGAAAUACAGUAGCAGCCAUGAUAGAAGACAAAGGGCCAAGAGUGACCGACUACUUUGUUGUGGCAGGUCUCACUGACACAUCUACUCUUCUGGAUCAGGAAAUAAAUCGUUUAGAUACUAAGUCAACUGGGCCUAAAGCUCCAAUUACAGACAUUGCAGUUAUUAACAAAUCUGCUGGGGAAACAGUACCUGAAGGUUAUACCUGUGUUGAAGCCACUCCAUCAGCUCUCCAAGCAAAUUUAAACUAUGGAAGUCUGAAAAGCCCAGAACUUUUCCUCUGUUAUAAGAGAGCAAGAGACAAACCACCUCUUACUGAUGUUGGAGUUUUAUAUGAAGGGAAAGAAAGGCUUAUUCCAGGAUGUGAAGUGAUCCAAGCCACACCCUAUGGUCGCUGUGCCAAUGUCAACAAUAGUUCAACUACUUCCCAAAGAAUCUUUAUCACUUAUCGAAGGGCUCCUCUAAUUCGACCCCAGAAUUCCUUGGCUGUAACUGAUAUCUGUGUUAUUGUAACCAGUAAAGGAGAAACCCCUCCUCAUACUUUCUGCAAAGUUGACAAAAACUUAAAUUGUGGAAUGUGGGGUUCCAGUGUAUUUCUGUGUUAUAAGAAGUCUGUGCCUGCUUCUAAUGCAAUAGCAUAUAAAGCUGGUUUAAUUUUUAGAUAUCCAGAAGAUGACUAUGAGUCAUUUCCACUGUCAGAAUCCGUACCUCUCUUCUGCCUUCCCAUGGGAGCUACUAUUGAAUGUUGGGAUCCUCAAACCAAAUAUCCACUUCCAGUUUUUUCAACUUUUGUCCUGACAGGUUCUUCUGCUGAAAAGGUCUAUGGAGCUGCCAUCCAGUUUUAUGAACCUUACUCUCGGGAACUUCUGACAGAGAAACAGCUUAUGCAACUGGGCCUGUUGACUCCCGUGGAGAGAAAAGUAGUCACCAAAUCCAUCAAUUCAAACAAAUGCAUUUGUUUGCUCUCACACUGGCCUUUUUUUGAAGCUUUUAGAAAAUUUCUCAUGUUUAUCUACAAACUGUCUGUGUCUGGACCACAUCCUCUUCCCAUUGAAAAGCAUAUUUCACACUUUAUGCAAAACAUCCCUUUUCCCUCAGCACAGAGACCAAGAAUCCUUGUACAGCUUUCAGUCCAUGAUGCAUUAAUAUUAUCACAGCCAGUUUCUACACCGUUACCACUAAGUGGAGCCGACUUUAGCACCUUGUUAAUGAAUCUGGGUCCUGAGAAUUGUGCAACACUGCUGCUCUUUGUUUUACUUGAGAGUAAGAUUCUGCUGCAUUCUCUUAGGCCAGCUGUGUUGACUGGAGUAGCUGAAGCUGUUGUAGCUAUGAUCUUUCCGUUUCAGUGGCAGUGCCCAUACAUUCCCCUUUGUCCUCUUUCGCUGGCGGCAGUGCUUAGUGCACCUUUACCGUUUAUAGUUGGAGUUGACUCCAGGUAUUUUGAUCUUCAUGACCCACCACAAGAUGUUGUUUGCAUUGACUUGGAUACAAACAUGUUAUAUGUAUCAGAUGAAAAGAAGAACAUGAAUUGGAAGCAGCUUCCCAAAAAGCCAUGCAAAAAUCUGCUUAGUACCUUAAAGAAGUUGUAUCCCCAGCUAUCUUCAGUUCACCGAAAAACUCAGGAAAGUUCAGCAAUUGAGAUGACUCCAAUUGAAGCAGAUUUCUCCUGGCAAAAGAAGGUGACACAACUUGAAAUGGAAAUUCAAGAGGCAUUUUUGCGUUUUAUGGCAUCCAUUUUAAAAGGAUAUAGGGCAUAUCUCAAGCCAAUCACGGAGGCUCCUUCAAAUAAAGCCACAGCUGUUGAUUCAUUAUUUGACAGACAGGGAUUUUUAAAAAGUCGAGAUCGUGCCUAUACAAAAUUCUACACCCAUUUAUCCAAAACACAGAUUUUUAUUCGUUUCAUUGAAGAAUGUAGUUUUGUAAGUGAUAAAGAUACUGGAUUGGCAUUUUUUGAUGACUGCAUAGAAAAGUUGUUUCCUGACAAAGGCACAGAGAAAACAGAUAAGGUUGAUUUUGAUUUAGCUGAAGAUACCAAAUUGAUAGAACUAGAUGAUUCACAGAAAAGUGAGCACACUGUAUUCAUAAUGCCACCAGAACCGCCUCCUGAUGAUGGGAAGGAUCUGUCACCAAAGUACAGUUACAAAUACUUUCCAAGACUGGACCUUAAGCUUUUUGACAGACCACAGGAGUUGAAACUUUGUUUUAGUAGACACCCUACUGGGAAUAGCAUUACAAACAGUCCAGCUCUCAUGGCUAAGAGAACUAAACAGGAGAUAAAAACGGCUCAUAAGUUGGCGAAGAGAUGUUACACAAAUCCACCACAAUGGGCCAAGUGUCUCUUCAGUCAUUGUUACAGCUUAUGGUUUAUUUGUCUCCCAGCCUAUGUUAGAGUUUCUCAUCCUAAGGUCAGAGCACUUCAGCAGGCAUAUGAUGUACUUAUAAAGAUGAGGAAAACAGAUGUGGAUCCGCUAGAUGAGGUGUGCUAUCGAGUAGUAAUGCAGCUCUGUGGACUUUGGGGUCAUCCUGUUUUAGCAGUGAGAGUCUUGUUUGAAAUGAAAACUGCUAAGAUAAAGCCAAAUGCUAUUACUUAUGGUUAUUAUAAUAAGGUAGUUUUGGAGAGCCCAUGGCCUAGCAGUACCCGCAGUGGUAUCUUCUUAUGGACGAAGGUACGGAAUGUGGUACGUGGCUUGGCACAGUUUAGGCAGCCGCUUAAAAAGACUGUGCAAAAGUCACAGGUCUCCUCAAUAUCAGCUCCUCAGAAUGCGACAGGUGGAAGUGAUGGGGACACGGUGAGCCACGGUAGCGUGGAUAGUUCUAAUGAUGCUAACAGUGGGGAGCACACAGUCUUCGUCAGAGAUUUAAUCAGGCUUGAUUCCACUGAUAAUCACUUUAGCACAGGUGGUCAGUCUGACCAAGGCUAUGGGUCUAAGGAUGAACUUAUAAAGGAUGACGCAGAAAUUCAUAUGCCUGAAGAACAAGUAGCAAGAGAAUUGAUAACUAAAGCAAAAGUGCAAACAGAAGAGGUGUGUGAUGUCUCUGCUGUUGUGGCAAAACAUUGCCAGCCUAGUGCAGAGCCACAGAGUCCUACCGAGCCUCCCGCAUGGGGCAGCAGUAUUGUGAGAGUUCCGUCUGGUAUGUUGGAUCUCAGUGGCAGGAGAAGCAGCACUGGUAGUACAUCAAAUGUGCCAUUUUCUACUCAAGAUCCAGUUGAAGAUGCAGUCUUUGGUGAAGUUACUGCUCUCAAGAAGAACGGUGAUAGAGGAGAUAAAAGACAAAAGCAUUUCCCAGAGAGGAGCUGUAGUUUCAGUUCGGAAAGUCGAGCGGGAAUGUUGCUUAAGAAGAGCAGUUUGGAUCUGAACUCAAGCGAAGCCGCUAUUAUGAUGGGAGCAGAUGCCAAGAUUCUCACAGCAGCACUGGCCUGUCCUAAGACUGCUCCAUUCCAUGUUGCGAGCGCCCACAGCUUUGAGACUCCUAACAGUUGUCAUUUCAUUGAUACUAGGACUCGUGUGUCUGAAAGCGCUUGGGAUUCCGAGCACAGAUCUUCUUCGGUGUUAGAGAUGCUUGAGGAAAGCCAAGAGCUCCCGGAACCUGUGAUUGAUGACAGUGCAGCAAAAACUCCUAUGAAAAAGGAUGCAUGUGACAGUCCACAGAAUGACAGUAAUCAGCCUCAGGACUUGACCAUAGGAUCCAAAGAUAUGAUAAACAAGAGGAGUAGUUUAUAUGGUGUUGCUAAAGCUGUUGAGAGGGAGGAUGUUGAAACUGGACUAGAUCCUUUGUCUCUUUUGGCCACUGAAUGUACCGGACUAAAAUCUCAAGAUUCUGAAGAUAAGGUGACUUCUCCAGUUAUUGCACGUAAUCUGGCUGAUGAAAUCGAAAGCUAUAUGAACCUAAAGAGUCCUUUGGGUAGCAAGUCUUCUAGUAUGGAAUUACACGGAGACGGAAACAGAGAGUCUGGCACCACCACUGCAUUUAUGCACCCUCUGGAGAGGAGAUCGAGCCUGCCAUUAGAGCAUGGUCCACCAGCACAGGAUGUUCCUGAAAGGGAAAAGAGCUCUCCCACAGAAUCUAGGUCUAAAACUUUCACUGGGCGUUUCAAGCAGCAGACUCCCUCUCGUGCUCAUAAAGAACGUUCAACUUCUUUAUCAGCACUGGUGCGCUCCUCGCCGCAUGGCUCGUUGGGUUCUGUGGUAAAUUCUUUGUCAGGGCUAAAGCUAGAUAAUAUACUCUCAGGACCCAAGAUAGAUGUCCUGAAGUCUGGUAUGAAACAAGCAGCUACGGUAGCCAGUAAGAUGUGGGUAGCUGUUGCAUCCGCCUAUAGCUAUUCGGAUGAUGAGGAGGAAACUAACAGAGAUUACAGCUUCCCAGCUGGCCUUGAAGACCAUAUUUUGGGGGAGAAUAUGUCACCGAACAUGAGUAUCUCAGGGCUGGUUCCCAGUGAACUUACCCAGAGCAAUACAAGCCUUGGCAGUAGCAGCAGCAGUGGAGAUGUAGGAAAGCUGCAUUACUCAACAGGUGAACCUCCAUUUCCAAGAAGCGUAAAAGGGCAGGACUUUGAAAAAUCAGACCAUGGUUCUUCUCAAAACACCAGCAUGUCUAGCAUCUAUCAGAAUUGUGCAAUGGAGGUUUUGAUGUCAAGUUGUUCACAGUGCAGAUCUUGUGGAGCUUUAGUUUAUGAUGAAGAAAUUAUGGCUGGAUGGACGGCAGAUGAUUCAAAUUUGAAUACAACCUGUCCAUUCUGUAAAAGCAACUUCUUGCCUCUCCUCAAUAUAGAAUUUAAAGACUUGAGAGGCACUGCAAGCUUUUUCCUGAAACCAAGCACCUCUGGCGACAGUUUACAAAGUGGCAGCAUUCCACUGGCCAGUGAACCUUCAGAGCACAAACCUGUGUCCACAGCAGAACCUGACUUGAUCAGCUUUCUGGAUUUCCCCAAACAGAGCCAGACCAUAACUGAAGAGACAGCCUCUGCAGUUGAAUCAAGUGAUGAAAUAAAGAAGGCCAGCGGAGAAGUCCAAACCAUGAAAAUUUCACCUGUGCCUAAUAGUUUAUCAAAGCGAAAUGUAUCUUUGACUCGAAGUCACAGUGUUGGGGGUCCCUUGCAAAAUAUUGACUUUUCCCAGCGACCAUUUCAUGGCAUUUCAACAGUCAGUCUUCCAAACAGUCUGCAGGAAGUUGUGGAUCCUUUAGGAAAAAGACCCAAUCCUCCCCCUGUUUCUGUGCCCUACUUGAGUCCUCUAGUGCUUCGUAAAGAACUUGAAUCUUUGCUAGAAAAUGAAGGUGAUCAAGUGAUUCACACAUCCUCUUUCAUCAAUAAACAUCCAAUCAUUUUCUGGAACCUCGUUUGGUAUUUCAGACGUUUGGACCUGCCUAGUAACUUGCCAGGACUUAUCCUCACAUCUGAACAUUGUAAUGGAGGUGUACAGCUUCCUCUGUCAUCUCUGUCCCAGGAUAGCAAACUUGUGUAUAUUCAGCUAUUAUGGGAUAAUAUCAACCUUCAUCAGGAACCAGGAGAACCUCUGUAUGUCUCAUGGAGGAAUUUUAAUUCUGAAAAGAAAUCGUCUCUCCUGUCAGAGGAACAAGAAGCAACAAGCACUUUAGUAGAAACCAUCAGGCAGAGUAUUCAACAUAAUGAUGUUCUUAAGCCCAUUAACCUACUUUCACAGCGAAUAGAGCCAGACAUGAAGAGACAAAGGAGUUUAUACCGAGAAAUCCUCUUCUUAUCAUUAGUGUCUCUUGGAAGAGAGAAUAUUGAUAUUGAGGCCUUUGACAAUGAAUAUGGACUUGCAUACAAUAAUUUAUCUUCAGAGAUUCUCGAAAAGUUACAGAAAAUUGAUGCUCCACCAAGUAUCAGUGUGGAAUGGUGCAGGAAGUGUUUUGGAGCACCGCUCAUAUAAGUAAGAGGUUCACUAGAUUUCUAGAUGCACAAAGAUUGAGGGAAUAGAUUGAGUUGGCGAACAGCUAAGGUUCCAAAUGUUAACAAUUGAUGAAAGUGAAAUGAAGUGAACUCUUGGGACAGUAUAUAAUGAAAUGUAGCACAUACUGAAUCCUCUUGCAACGUAAAAAUGUUGUUCAAUGUCCCAGGGUUAAUGUCUGAAGGUCUGCAACUUCUAAAUGGUUUUAUCUGCCUCCGCUUGAAAACCAUGUUUGGAUUUUUCAGUAUAUGUAGUUUGAUAAUGAGAAAUUGUAUUACUUUUUGGCAUUCUGUUUAUAUUUGAAGUUACUGGGUUUGGGGAACAGUAAUUUAAUGUAAACUUGCGUAACCCCAAAACAAAUGAAAUCUCAGUUAUAAGAGCAACUAUUUGUGUAUGUGUGUACAUAUGUGGCUGUGUAGGUAUUUGUAUGUACAGCCAUAUUAUAUUUAUUAAAAUUCUUAGACUGCAUGUUGCAAUACAAUUCUCUGAAAGGGGUCUGCAACUAUUAAGUGACUACUACUAAACUCCUCUGUAGUCAUUAAUCAAAAUUACCUUAAAGUUUGAUGACAACCACCUUGCCUCUAUUUCUUUAUCCACCAUAUUAUGUAUUUUCUUCCUUAAUGGAUUGUAGCUUGAAUAUCCAAGUUACUUUUCAUCCUCUUUCCAAUACCAUUAACUUACAACAGCUUUAAGAUUGGAAUAAAUAAGCCAAUCAUGUAGUUUAAGUGAAAUUAAGUCAGCCUCAUAAUUUACAAAAUUGGAAUAUGCUUAAAAUGCUGUUUAUUUUUUGGACCUGAAAUUGUUCAGGUACGUAAAUUGUUGCCAUCAGUCACUUUUAAAAACCUGUGGGAUAAACUUGCACUGCACACAGAAAUUUUAUUCUUGUAUAAUAGAUUUGUAUGCUUAUUAUUUGUGCAUUUGUAAAUACUGUUUUUUAGGAUUGAUCAAUUAAGUCUUAUAACAUUAAAGCUUAUUGAGCUCAUUGCCAGUAGGUUCAAGAAAAUCAUGACCUCACAUGCCUGGCAUUUAUCAUGCCUUUCAUUAAAAAUGUCCCUUAGGAAUAGUAUGUUUGCCUUAACUCUCUGCAUGGUUUAAAAAGCCAAUGGUUAUGUGUGCGCUUUUAGAGUAAUUAUGCAGAUGACUAAAUCAACUGAUUAAAAAUUAUUUCCAUUACAAAUCUCCCACCUGGUGUAAUCUUUAAAAACUCAUUGCUAUACCAGUCUUCCAACAUUUCAGGGUUAAUCUGACCUAUGCAGAUGUCAUUUCAAUUUAUUGUGAAAGUGCUAAAUGAAAGAACGUGUCAGAAAUUAUGCACAACUCUCAUUACCUUAAAGUGGAUCAUUUGCACUGUCUCAAGAGUAUAUUUGUUUUGCAACUUUACACUGCCCCAUAACGUUUGGAAUUAUUCUGUAUAUAAAAACUCCAGGUUGAAGAAAAUGAAAAAUUCUUAAGUUUGCUGUGCUAAUCUGUCAUGUGUGUAUAAUUGUAACCUAAACUUUAUUUUUAGAAUUCCAAUACCAUUUUUUGAUUUCUCCUCUUUAGUCUUCAUUUUUAAGUGAAUUACUUCAAAAGCACUUCCUACUAAGGAGUUUAAUGAACAUCUCUUUACACAUGUAAGAUUUGGCUAUAUUGCACCAAAGUAUACAUUUUCUAUUUUUCUAAUUCUAAAUAACUCAAGCCUUUAUACAAUGGAAACCUUAGCCUGCUGCUGUCACUUAGAAAUAGGGAUCAAUUUGUUAAAAAGUGCAUAAAGACCUUUUCUAGCACCUACCACAGAAAGGGGACCACUAAAAAUGCACUGCAAAAGAAAACCAAGAAACCAGAUACACAGUCAUUACCCAUAGAUUUAAAAAUGUUUAGAAUGACUUGUAGCAUUGUAUAAAACUUAAAAUUAAAGGCCGGAGGACUCCUGCAAAUAAUCUCUCAAAUCAGUGCAGAUUGUUUAGCAUUACCUAAAUGCUAAACCGUUAGCAUUUGGGGUGGACAGUCUGAUACAACUUUAGCUGUGCUUUGUUAGGGUUAACUAAGGAGUGUUAAGCAAGCAGAAUAUAGGCAUAAAGGUCUCAGAAUACUGAGAUAUUCCAACUGUUGCUCUUUUCAUUCCUGGUACAAACUUGUAAUGCAGGAUAGAACAUUCUUACUAUUGAAAUAUUCUCCAACAUGCCUUUUAAAAAGUAGUUCUCAAUCUUAAAUCUUCUAUAGUUAGUGAGCUGGAAUAGUCUAACCCAUCCAUUAUCUGUCCAUGUUAGUGACUGUACUCCUUAAUGAGAAAGCAGAGCAGUGGUUCUCGUUUCUUAUGUUGGAAUCAAUCAAGUACUUGUUAAUACAAACUCUGAGCUGUAUACCAGACUUGCCUCCUGGCUUUUUUAAGUUACCCCCUAUGAUGGCACUGUGAUUCCUUUUUGUUUGGGGUCAUCAUUUAAAAAUGUCCCAUUUUCCUUUUCUGCCUUUUUAGUUUGACCUCAACUUCCAAAAUAUCAAUUGCCAAACAAGACUUUCAUCUAAUGUUUUAGUACUCUGUUAAGAGCAAGGAGGAUCUCACUUUCGACUAAGAAUCUUGUGUCUGUUCCAGUCUAAGGGCUGGCAUUAGCUGGAAACUUACAAGUAAUACAGAUGCUGGGGCUCCAAACUUCUGAUUCAUUGCACAUUUUAAUCGUGAAGCACUGCUCCUGUUAAAGCAGUUUGAAAAUUUUACUCACCUGUGGUUGAAACGUAUACUCCAGCAAAUAAGGACUCCUGUUCUUCACCCUUAAAAGCCUAAUGUGCCUUUUAACGAUCCUUCUAAUGUGUGAAGGUUGGUUCUAACUGCAACUACUAUAGUAACUAGACAAGCUACAUUAGAAAAAGGAUGCUACUUAACCAGUGUGCAUCUUCUGUUGAUAGGAAGGUUUCUUAAAGGCACACUGAAACCAUAAAAAGGAUGAGUAACAAUUCACUAGAGGUGAAAAGCUUUUUGUUAAUACAACUUGCACUGGUUUUAAAAGCUUUGUGAACUGUUUUAAAAUGAUAUCCGUUAACUAUGCUUUUAACAAGGUUAUCUUUUUUACAUAUGACAAAUGUCCAUGUUCAUAAGGGCACUUUUCGUGUAUUGUAUAUAGAUCUUUAAAACUGUAUUCCUCAAAAUAAAGCAUACAAAAGAUUAA